AUGUUUUCACGGUUUUCAAGCAUGCUCAGUCUUACGACGAUCGCGUUCCUGCUUUCCUUCUCAUGUCUAUUUAUCGGGGUGGUUCACGGAAAGGAGGAUGAUAAAACACGUCUGGGAAACAGCACAAUCGAUAGGACGCUGCAGCUCCGCACACACUCAAUAUACGCUCCAUACAUUGACCAAGACCUUCAAAACCGCUGGUGGGACUUCGGAGGCGACGCCUAUGUGAACACGAAUAAGCACAUCCGCCUGACACGAAACCGGCCAUCCCAAAUGGGAUGGUUAUGGUCCCGCCUCGCUCUGACACCCUCCAACUUCGUCAUUGAAGUCGAAUUCAGAGUUUCUGGGGACUCUUCGCAUUUAUUUGGCGACGGUCUGGCGAUUUGGUUAACACAAGACCGUGGGCAGCCAGGCCCUGUCUUUGGUAGCAAAGACGAAUUCAAUGGAUUGGGUAUCUUCCUUGACACAUACGCAAACGCGCGCCAUACGUAUGCUUUCCCCCGUAUUGUUGCUGUGUUGGGUGAUGGAAAGACGAAGUAUGAUUACGCGAGUGAUGGCGAUACGCAGGCUAUCGGUGCUUGCUCUGCUAACUUCCGACGAACGAACGUUGCGACCAAGUUAAAGAUUACUUACGUGCGAGAUGCUUUCCUUGACGUCAAAAUCCAAUACAAAGCCUGGGAUGACUGGACAGAUUGUUUUUACCUCGAGAAAGUUGCACUACCACAAAAUCCCUUCCUUGGAUUCUCAGCGAUGACAGGAGACGUCUCCGACGCACACGACAUCAUCACUGUGACCUCCUACUCCGCCAUCAUGUCGCAACCCGAUUCGCCUUUGAACAAGCAUAAAGUCGCUUCGUCGUUCUUCGGCUCGCGCUCGCAUGCCGAUUCGUCCGGAAGCUCCUGGUUCGGGCUCUUCUUCAAGCUCCUCCUCCUCGCUGGUGUUUGUGCUGGCGGGUUCUACGGAUGGAAGGAGUAUCAGCGGAGGCAACGGUACGGCGGCUACGGAGACGGUAUGGGUGGCGCCUAUGGCAUGCGGACGCCAGGUAUUGGGGGUGGCUUCGGCGACGUGUAUGGGAAACGGUUCUGA